AUGUCUGAUAACGAGUGGCUCGCUGCCGGUGUCGACAUUAGCGACGAGGACAUCAACGGCAGCAUUUUCGACAAUAUGAUCGGCGGCUACUUUGAGGCUGCUAUUCCCGUGGCCCAGUCGCCGGCUCCCUUCGCUGAGCCCGUCGCUGUGCCCGUCGCUCCCAUUGACCCGCUGCCGGCCCCAGUGGCAGCCCCAGUGGCAGAGCCGCCGGCUCCUGUGGCCGAAGCGUCCGCUCCCGUGGCCGAAGCACCUGCUCGUGUCGCUCAGCCCGUUGUUGAGGUCCCCUCGGUCCCGAAUAUGAAUGCGGCCGCACGGAGGGCAGCACGUUACGCCGCCAUUACCGCCAAGAGAGUCGCGACGAUGGCCAGAAAACGAGAGGCAGCUGAGGCGGCCAGGAUUCGAAGUGCCCGCAAUUUCGCUGCCCGUCGCGAACGCGAAGCCGCCGGCGAGUCCUCUGGUGCUGCAGGCCCUGCAAGGGAGUCCGGCGUUCCCUCGUCGUAG